AUGAUAGCGACCAAUGGCAAUAGCUGGGUUGAGAUGGUGUACAAUGGCGAAACUGUGGAGGACAGCUUAUGGAGAGAGGUGAGCCACUGUGGCAAGCGGCCACUGGAGGUGGGCGUUGGCAGAUACGUUUUUCAAGUAUUCAAUGCUAAAAGAUCACUUCUGAGCUCUUCUUCCUCACCAACUUUUCAUCCCAUAUGUUGCCUCUCUGCUGCCGUUGCUGCAACAUCAUCUUCUUGGACUCCGACUCCGACUCCGACUCGCCGCACAGCAAAUUAUCAGCCAACCAUUUGGGCUGAUAGCUACAUACAAUCGCUACCAAUUGAAUUCAAGGAGGAGAAGUAUAUGCAUCGGAGGGAGAAAUUAGAAGUAGAAGUGAAAUGUUUGAUUGGCGGGCAAUAUGACCUCGUUGAGCAGCUUGAACUCGUGGAUAUCAUUUGCCAGUUGGGUCUGGAGUAUCAUUUUGAUUCAAUGAUCAAAGACUUGUUGAAAUCCAUUGGUUCAUCAAAGGAGAAUAUAAACAACUUGAUAGAAAAUAAUAACCUCUAUGGCUUAGCCUUAUUGUUUAGGCUUCUAAGGGAGCAUGGUAUUACUAAUACUUCAUCACUACGAGCUGAUGUUCUAAUCACCAACAUUAAAAGAGAUGGACAAAGCUUCAAUCCUAAUCAUCAAAGUGAUGUCGAAGGAAUGCUCAGCUUGUACGAAGCAUCCUACCUUGCCAUAGAAGGGGAGGAAGAACUAUAUGAGUCAGGAAAGUUAGCAAAGGAGCAGUUAAGAUAUAUUGAUAGUUAUUUAAUAAGUCCACAACUUGCUGAAAAUAUAAAUUAUGCCUUGGAGAUCCCCUUACGAGAGAAUGUCAAUCCUACGUUGCUCGAGUUGGCAAAGCUUGAUUUCAACAUGGUGCAGAGCAUCUACAAGGCAGAGCUUCAAGAAAUGUCAAGGUGGUGGAAAAAUCUUGGACUUGUUUGUGAUGAACUUAAUUUUGCCAGAGAUAGGCUAGUGGAGAAUUAUUUAUGGGCCAUAGGCAUUGCAUAUCAACCUAAAUUUUGGAGAUGCAGGGAAGCAAUAACCAAGAUUAUUUGUCUCACAACAAUAAUUGAUGAUAUUUAUGAUGUGUAUGGCACCUUGGAUGAAUUGAAGCUCUUUACAAAGGCUAUUGAAGAAUGGAAAAUGGAUGCAGCUCAUCAACUUCCAGAUUUUAUGAAGAUAUGUUUUAAUGCACUAUUAAAUACAUUAAAUGGUAUUGCCUCCUCAUUCUCAAUGGAAAAGCAGUUGGAUAUUCUUCCAUGUCUAAAAAGAGUGUUGACAGAUUUAUGCAAAGCAUUUUUAGUUGAAGCAAAUUGGUAUCAUAAUCGAUACACUCCAACAUUAGAUGAGUACUUGGAGAACGCUUGGAUAACAAUAGCAGGAAUUUGUCCCUUAAUUGCAUCAUAUUGUCUUAAUGAUGAUAUGACUAUUGAAGAUCUCAAUAGUCUAGAGUUCUAUCAACCUAUUGUUCGUUAUUCAUGCUUGCUUCUUCGACUCUAUGAUGAUUUGGGAACAACCACGGCAGAGAUCCAAAGAGGAGAUGUUCCAAAAUCAAUUCAGUGUUAUAUGAAUGAGAAUAAUGUUUUGGAAUCAGUUGCACGAGAUCAUAUUAAAUGUUUAAUAACAAAUUAUUGGAAAAAAUUGAACAACGAACGCGCUAAAAUUUCAAGAUCUAUAGAAUCUUUUAAAAAAGCUUUAGUAGAUAUGCCGAGAACAGCGCAAUGCUUCUACCAAUAUGAAGAUGGAUAUGGAGAGCCAAGUCAUGAAACAAGGGAACAAAUCACUUGUAUGAUAAUUGAGCCAAUACCACUUUAA